CAAAGCCUUUGAUCAUUAGUUUAAGAUUCGACUUUAAGGAGUGGAACUAGUUUUACAACCUAUCUAUAUAUUAGUUAAGUUUACGCGCCAGUUUGAUCGGUUAUCGCAAUCCAGCUGUCAUAGUGUCAUGACGACAUCGUGGGUUUCAGAGUGCAAGGACUUAUCUAACACUGAUUUGGUUCAUAUCGCCAAACUUGCUGAGCAGGCUGAACGAUAUGAUGACAUGGCGGCAGCUAUGAAGCGGUAUACCGAGGCUUCGGGGAAUUUAGGGAACGAAGAACGGAAUUUACUAUCGGUGGCAUAUAAAAAUGUUGUGGGUGCUAGAAGAUCAGCAUGGAGAGUGAUACAUGGAAGUGAAAUGAAAGCGGUAAAUGACUGUACCAAGAAACAAAUAGCAGAAGAGUACCGUAUUAAAAUGGAAAAGGAGUUGAACACUAUCUGUAAUCAAGUUUUGGCUCUACUUGAGGAUUAUCUGCUUCCAAAUGCAAGUCCCGAUGACAGCAAAGUUUUCUUUCUGAAAAUGCAAGGUGACUAUUACCGGUAUCUCGCUGAGGUUGCCACUGAUGAUGCUCGAACAGAAGUGGUACAGAAAUCAUUGGAUGCCUACACGAAAGCUACUACGGCUGCUGAAAAUUUGCCUACCACUCAUCCUAUCCGUCUUGGUUUAGCUCUUAACUUCUCUGUGUUUUAUUACGAAAUACAAAAUAAUUCUGCUAAGGCGUGCGAUUUAGCUAAAUGCGCCUUCGAUUCAGCAAUAGCAGAACUAGAUCAGCUUCAAGAUGAUUCCUACAAAGACAGCACACUAAUUAUGCAGCUUCUAAGAGACAAUUUGACGUUGUGGGCCAGUGACCAAACAGCUGAGGGAGAUGUUGAAAAUGACGGCUAAACUCUGUUCUGUAAUAUUUAUUAUAGCCCUCAUGUCAUACAAGAUCUAUGUCAAUUUUCUGAUUGUUUACUGUUAUUUUGUACUUACUGAUGGAAGUUACGGUUCUUUGGUGUGAGUUUCCCAUGAGUUAUUAUGUAAAACCGUGUACCACAGUUUACUGAUGACAUUAAGGGUUGCACAGAUUGAUCCGUUACAAGUCAGUGUUAAGAGUAUCGUAAAACAUAAAGCUUGAGGCAGGCUAUUCUUGAGUUGGUUGGAUGUUCGAGAAUUAUGAGUAAAAUAAAGGAUAGGAAGCUACUUAGAACUAACAGGUUUCCACUACUUCCCUUCUCCGUGGUUUUAGCAUGUGCAUGUCAAUUCGUGGACUUAUUUAUAAUGAACACCGGAUUCUGUUGCGUGUAGAUUUCUGGUUUGAUUUUCUUAGCUGGUUUGCAUGACCCUACAGAUAGCCUUAAGGUCUACUAUCUGAGAGGUCCUGACUACAGUUGACUGUGUGUUCGGGACAGGACCAGUAUCGACCUCACACGUUGUUUUAGAGAACCUGCUAAGGUAACACACGGAUUUAGGCGUUUAUGUAUAGAGUGCACCUUGUGCUAUCAAGAUAACUUGAGGUAAUAAAUUGCGUGCAUUGUGUUGACAUAAAGAGACAGUUUAUCAUUAAGCACCUUCGUGUCAGUUUAAGAACCUCACAGAGUAGGUUUUUCUGGUUUCGGACGUUGUCUGUUGUGGAAGUAGCCUUGAAGAAAGGCAGGACGGUCAUUGACAUCUACGCUGGGCGACUUGGGGUCCGGUUGAUUGUCGUAUCCAGUGGUCAGAAACUUUAACGACAGUUAAAAGUCGUUUGCAGUGUUACGCUUGAAUUCACAUUAUUCUAUUCUAAGUUCUAAGCUUCUGAAUUUUCCAUACAUUCUUUCCAGCAUAAAUUUUCUUGGGUCGUGCCUUAGAUGUCUAGUCUGUUAUUACUUUUAAUACUGCUACUAAAUCUACUUUCGGAUUUGCCCUAACAACUCAUGCUUUGCUAAAGGGUUAUGGUACUGAUGUACAUACGUACCAGAGUCUUUUGCGCUUGGGUGACAGACAUCCUAGUUGGUUAGGACAUUCGUGUCCUAGAAAUUCUUAUUACAAUAUUACCUAUAAACUCGUUUUUCCCAAUGCACCUGAAACGAUGACCAUUCUAACUGAGUAUUCGCCGGGCUCCCUUUAACUCAUCAUUAGUGUUGCUAGUGCAAAUUCAUUCAACGGUAAGAGUUGAACGUAGAAUAAGUUUGUUUUCUGAUUCAUAGCCACCUAACUCUAAGAAUGCUUUUGUAAUGCCACGAUGGAUAGCUGUGUGGUGGUAAACUGAAAUUCGAUCGAUUUCCAGGAGUCUUGGUGUGUGUUGAGGAGUAUCUUUUGCGUCUUGUGGUUGGUGACAGGUCUGGUGUCCGGGGGCUUAUAUUAAUGGCUUCGAAUGGUCCUAGGGUCGUUUCUAGUGGCACAGUUACAUUUGCUCUCUAUCUUCACUUC